AUGGACACAAAGGGCAGUCAGAACCUGUCUCCAAGCAACUUGGCAUCAGUACCCUUGAUUGAAGAAGAAGAUGCAGUUGUUUAUAUUGCCAUUAAAGGAUCUCUGCAUGCAAAUGAUUGCUCUGUUUUUGGAUUAGGUGAAGAAGAGAUAAGAGCUCUUUCUAAAAAGUUUCCAGGAUCAGGAGUAGUUGUUAACGGUGUUGCCAUCAAGUGCAAUGUACUCGAGACUCUGAAUGCAUUGAACCAGUUGGGUUACAAAGUAGUUUCAAGCACUGGUGAAACCGAGAUCACUUGGACCCUUCAACGCAUUAUAUAAUUUUA